AUGUCGAUUGGAAACGUGCAUGCGCCGCUGCUCGGCCUCGCCCUCGAGUGCGCCGAAAGCCUGCCGCAAGAGCUUUCUGGGUGGAUGACGUGGUACCGCGAGACGGAGGCUGCGGAGCAAGCUGCUGUGGCCGCCGCAAGCCCCCCCGGCACGGCGGAAAAGACCCAGUCGGACAAUGUGCAGCGCGCCAUUGCAAUGGUCAAAGUGCUCUCUGCACCAGUGUCCACCAUCUUCAUCCCCAGACUCGACUUUUGUCCUGCAACCUUGCCGUGGGACUUUGACCACCACAACUCGCCCCUGUCCCCGGCUGAAUCCUCGUCCUCACCAUCCGGCUCAUCCCCCGCGUUUUCAGACUCGUCAACCCUCACUCCUCCAACCACCGUCUCCACCCCAUCAGAAACAGCGAACACCCCACGACUAGGCGCCCUCGGUCUCUCAGAUAACGACGACGAACAAGUAAAACAAGAAGACGAAGAAGAAGCAGACGCCGCCAUGCCCCGCGAACCUACACGUAACCAGGUCUCCAACGGCCUCCAGUACGUGGCCCAAAAGCCCGCGUUUCUUCAGCAGUUUGGCUUUGGAGGUGGCCGCCGCGACGACUCGGACGAUGAAGACGACGAGGGCCAGGGAAGCAGUAGCCGCCGCGGGCGUGACCUCCCCUCGCGCCCCAAGGAUGGCAAGUGGGCCGGCGGCAGCGAUGACGAGGGCGCCAACGACGAAAAGGACGGACGCAUCCGCGACGAGUGGGACGAGAUGUACGGCGGCGAUGACGGGCCCCAAGUCGUUGUCCUCAAGGAGGGGCGUCACCUGAGUGCCGACGAGCUCGCGCGCGAGCGACGAAAGGCCGCCGGUCUCCCCUCUCCACCACCAGCCGACAGGCCCGAGACCGACGCGUCAAAACCCACACCAACGUCCACAACAGACGCUGCGACCGCGGGCAACAAGAAGCCCCAGCGCCCCACCCCCGCGGGCGCCAAGCGCAAGCUUGUCGGUGACGCUGUUGCCAGUGCAAGCGCCGACGAGGGAUCGAAGAAGAAGAAGAAGAAGAAGGCUGUCAAGGGCCUGCUAAGCUUUGACGAGGCCGAGGGCGAGGCCUAG